AUGACGACCCUCAAAGGGUCAGUGCCAGCGUCGAAUCAGAGCCUCGAACAUGAACCAAACUCAAAGUUUCAUGAACAGGUGCCAUCACAACCAAAUAGAAUUAGUUCCCCCGGACACACCUCUUCUACACUAAACCUUCCGAUUCCUGCGCCAAAUGCCAUCGAGGUGCUCCAUCAGCUAUGCGCAUUCGAGCAAGCGUUUCAAGAUAUUCUUUCAACGCAAUAUGGAUUGAAGAGGGGUCCUAUCAAAGCCAGCCUAAAAACUCCUAGUAUAGAUCUAUCGCCAGUGAUGCGUUGUCAUUUCGCUCAUCAUCAAUCAUCAAUUUGCUCUAAGAGGAAUCUCGUCUCCCGUAAAUGGUUGCAAAUCAUCGAGGGGGUCUUCCAAGAUUUCCUAUUUCAGUAUCAUGUUCACUUGCAGCCUUGCCCUGAACUCGACAAUCAAGCUGGAAUGUAUGUGAGUAAGGACUACAUCACAGGAAAGUCGAAAUCGGUUAAACUCUCUGCCAUACAAUUUGUCCUUUUCUCCUUUCCAUCCGAAAUUGAUGACGUCGAAGAGCUUGGAUUCAGCAAUAGUUUGACUUUCGAUUAUCAGCAGACUGGACAAGACAUUGUUCUGAUUGGGUUGGGCCCAGCACGAGCUAUCAAUCAUUCCUGUAAGCCUAAUGUUCAUUGGGAUUUUCACGACGAUGCUUUGGCGUUCGAACCAAAUUCUCCUUUGGAAGAUAUUGGGUACAUGAUACUUCCCAUGACUGCAGUGGAGGAAACUCCGAUUCUACCUGGUCAUCCAUUAUCUGCUUUUUAUGGUGAUCACUUCGCCAAGAGCUUUUGCGUGUGUAAACACACCACUUACCACAGACACCCUCGACCCUUGAAACAAGAUUGCGAAGACAGUAGUAGUGAUAGUAGUGAUUCCGAAUAUGAUUACCAAUCCGAUAUAAAGGCGAAGAAGAGGCGCGGUCAGAUGAAACAGCCACGAUUUCUGGCAUCCGAAAGCAUUCCCAGUAAGCCAGGAAUCCCCCACAAACGGCCCUCGUCAAUGGUGGUGCUUGAACCUACAAACAAAUGUCCAAAAAUCCCACAGCAAAUGUAUACACUCGUUUCGAGCGAGAUGGUGAAACAAGAAUCAAAACCUGGUACUAAUACCACCUCUUCGAAUCCCGACUCCCACAAACGUGGAGAUACAAUUCAUGCAACGGCAAAUUCUAUAAAUUCCGAAAAAAUUACUUCCUCGUACUCAAGCAGCAGCUCAGCGAGCUUUGACAGCUCCAAUGGCAGCCGUUCAGUUUUUACAGUAGACAGAAUAGGCACGUCCAACAUGGCAAGGAAGGUGAGGACAGCUGAUCCUCAGUUGAUGGAAGCCUUCCUCAACGCCCAGAAGAUCGUGAUCAAUCAACAAGAAGUGAUCAAAGCUCAAAUUUCAAGACCUGGCGCCAGUCAAAGUGAUCUCGAUCAAAGCCAACUUAUUCUGAAACAGAAUCAAGCCACUCAUGAUCGAUUAAGUAUGAUGAUUUGGGGAGAGUAA